UGGCGUAGAAUACCGGUGAGGGAACGGCCGGUGGCUUGGUUACUUCAGGAGACGCACAUCAGCUCAGAGGAUGAAGCGGACACACUGGGGGAAGCAUGGAAGCAGCUUUGGGGGAAGCAAAACGAGAAAGACGGCCCUCGCUUAUCAUAUUGGAGUGUGCACAGCUCCAAGGUAGGAGGGGUGGCGAUAUUACUCAACCGGAUCACUCCAAGGAGGCCAAAGCAUGGAACGUAGGUCACUGGACUAAUCGGGGAAUAGCUGUCCGAAUCGGAGGGCAACUCGUAGUAAAUGUCUACGCCCCCAAUGUACCGGUGGAGCGAGAAGCAUUCUGGAAACAACUCAGGCAAUGGCAAUGGCCCAGAUGUGAAAUAGUGUUGGCCGGCGAUUUUAAUUGCGUGCAGAGUCCGCCACUGGACAGGAUGGGUGGACAGCGAAGUGCGAAACCCGAAUGUCGAGCUCUACGGGAGCUCGUGCGCCACCUCGACCUGGAAGAUGCUGUGACGUUAGAAGGAGCGGUAAAUGAAGACGAAGAAUAUAUCGAUCCCACGGAAUUCUUUACGUAUUGGAGAGCAGAAUGUGCGAAAAAAGGGGUGGGAAAAGGAGUAACGAGCAGGACUUGGGACCGCACAGCUGUCGAAUGUGUACACAGCAUCAAGAAAAUUCAGCGUCAGGAGCGUAGAAGAAGGAAGAAAGCCAAGCAUCGAGCGAAUGCGCAAAACCGAGCGCAUCUGCUUACAAGGCGGGAUCUCCUCCGCCACACUGAAGAAGACGUGCGCGAAGAACACGAGAUUCGUCUAGGUCAGAAGCUGGAGAGAACAAUUGAGCAAAUCCGGUGGAAUUAG